AUUUGCUGUUAUGCUAUAGAGCGAAGCAAAGAUCGGCUGAAGGUGCGUCGAUUUUCCCUAGAUAAACUUUUAAAUCGCGUGCUGACGCAUUGCUACCCUUUACCUAACUAGGAUGAAUUCAUUACUGACUCGGUACUACUCCAGAUGAAACUCUCAAUACACUGUUAGGUUAUUGUAUGAGGUUAAGAAACGGACAUACGACCACGAAUGGAUGCACUGACGAGUGGCUCUCCAGCUGUAAAGGACCUAAGUGGGCCCGAGCAAUUAGGGGGUAUUAAGGAGGGUGACGCGGCUGGUGGUGAAUCGGUCCCAACACCGUUAUCCGCACGAGCUUUGGCAGGCGCUGCGGCUUGCAAGCCUGGUAGUGGCUUUAACGCAGAGUCGGCUGCAUUCAACGAGCAACUGCAGCGACUACGCGCGCGCCUGCAGAGCGUUGUCCAGGGUGUUCGGGAGGUUGCCCAGAGCCUUGACGAACCUCACACCCUAAUCGCAAAUGUACGAGACCAGCUUCAAAGUCGCCGUGAAGGCGCCCUUCGAAAUAUAUCCUCCAACGUCGCGGCCACCAGCCAGCUUGCGGCAAUCAGCUGCCCACUGGAUGUGACAGGCAGGCAGGCGCCCCGCUCUUCCAGCGCCCGCAGCAGUACGGACGACCUUGACCUAUGCAGCUGCAACACCGCCGCAUCAGAACCCUCAAGAUCCUGGGCUAACGCAGGCAACAGCCAGCAAGCACGCCGUUUCGUUCCUUCCAUGUCCGUUAAAGCGCUGGUAGCGGCGGUAGAGCGUCAGAGCCGGUCCCCAGGCUCUGUGGCGGAGCUCCUCCCAGCGCUCUCAUCCGGAGGGGCUCCUGCGGAGCGCGCAUCAGUGGAGAGCUUGCCAAGCCGGACCAGUUGUGACAUGGAGGCUGCGAGCCCGGAAGGGCCGCAGCGUGACACCCACACGGCACCCUAUAGGGGUCCGUUUGCCGACGCGUUGGCUGCCGCCGCCGUGGCUGCCGGUUCCCCCACGCUGGAGCUCAGCAGCAGCCCCUCCGCAGGCGGCUCUCCGGGCACCCCCAGCACGGCACCCGUCACAGCAGCAGAAGCCUCGUACGGCAACGCUGGCGGCAGCAGUAGCAGCAGUGCUAGCGGGCUUGACGCCCGCUUCCCAAUGUUUAGGACCGCUAGUGGCAGCUACCGUCUCCGACCCAGCAACGGAUCAGCCCUAGCGAGCCCCACCGGCGAAACCGCAGGCUGUGAGGGGACGCCUGGCGGCUCCCGCUGGGGGCUCCCAGGCGAUGACGCGACCGAAUGGAGCGCCUCCGCGGCAGGCGACCGCUCGGCCUCCUUUGGCGGGGUCUCUCGUGCGGCAGCUGUAGCUGGUGCGCUUGAACCGGACGCAGGCGAGCUGCCCGGCAGCUCUAGCGGGGAGUCCGGGCUGCUGGCUGCGAGUGCCAACGCCGCCGCCGCGGCCGCGUACCUGGAGGUACACCCGGAGACGUUGCGGGAGUUGUGGACUCUGCGGGCGCGCGUGCGGGCUCAGGAGGGCGAGCUGGCGGCCAUGGUGACACAGCUGUCUACGAAGAACGCGCAGUUGGACCAGGCGCAGACGGCGGUGCUGCAGAAGGACAAGGAGCUCGCCGUGUUGACGCAACGGCUCGCAGGGGUGCUGUCGCGGCUGCAGGCCUUCCAGGCCGUACAACACCACCAACAGCACCUGCAGCAACAACUGCACCAUCAUCAACAACUGCAACAACAGCAUGAUGGCUUGGGCCCGCAGCGGCUUGCUGGACACGGGGCUGCUGGAAGCGGCCUACCCAGCGCAGGUCCUAACACUCCCAGUCGCCCUCACAGCAGCACCGCGCCUUCCGUCCAUGCGCCAAGCGCCGCUGCCAGCGCAGGCAGCCUGGUGGAAGGUCAUCCGGCUACGUCCAGCCCAUCACCCGCGCCGUCGGAUGCCGCAGCUGACUGGGCGCCGACGGUUGCGUCUGCCAAGGCCCUAUUCACGGCCCUGGGGCUGUCCAGCGUCUCCCAUGCGACCAAGGCCUCCUCGCCCAGCCCGGGGAGGACCUCGGGCGCACUGCCAGUGCGCCCCACCAGCGUUGGCUCGACUCCGGUGGCCCCCGGGCGGGGGGACAGCGCCGCAGCGGACGGUGGUUCCCCGCUGGAUGUGUCGCUGCCGCCGCCGCCCUGCAUGUCCACAGAGCCGGAGCCGCAGCAACAGGCUGCAUCCGAGUCACAGGACCCUGCGGCAGGACACCAGGGGGCUAGCCAGGACGGCGCCGUCCUUGGGGCGCCCGCUGCCUCGGGCCAUAUCGGUUCGACGGCUUCUGCCCCGGCUGCUAGCUUUUCCCCUAGCAAAGCCGGCGUCCCCAGCAGCAACAGCGCCCGCCCUCGAGAGCUGCUGCUGUCGCCGCGGUCCAGCGCCCCAGCUGCUGCGGCGGCUGCUGCUGCCGCGGCGGCGAACUUGGUAAAAAAGGACCCGCCGGCCGCACCUUUGCCUGGCCGCGGGAGCUCCGUCCGGCCUGCUGCGACGGGUGCGGCGGGCAACCGGCGGCGCGGCCUCGCCGGGCUGCUGCUGCAGGUGGUGCCCUCGCUGGCCUGUGUGGCGCUGCUGCUGCGGGACACGCAGGUGCGGCGCGGCUUGGCCUGGCUGCACAGGGGCGUGGUGGGGCAGCCUGCAGCCGCGGGGCCGCGUCGGCGUGUGUCUGGAGGCGGCCGCCGACCCAGGUUUGCCCCAGCUGGCAGUGAGAGUGAGGAGCUGGAGGAGGCGUCCAUGAAGUGCCAUGCGAAAUGGUGUAAGAUGAUCCGACCUCCGCCCCAGACAGCCUUCUACUACUGAGCAGCCCUCUAGUACAGCAGGCAUCCGCACAUGAGACAAGGCCACUUCAAUGCUGUCCGAUCGCUCCAGGCAGUUGCGACGGUUGUUGAAAGGGGCCCCAAGUUGUUGAAAGGGGCAAAAUCCGCGACUGUAGAGAUGGUUGACGCCUCCUAGGGCAGUCGGACGCGCAGGGGACAAUGCUACCCGUAGACAGACAGGAGGGACGCCUCGCCAUGCGUUGGGAACUUGUUUGGACUUGGCUUGGCUCUUGUUUGUGCAGGUGACGCCUGCAGGAUUUCGUGGCUCCUUGGGAGCAUGCAGCAGAUGUGUGGACAGAGCCGGCCGCGGGAAUCUAAUUGCGUUUGUUUACAAGUUGCAGCUCGGCAUUCGGGUUCGUCCUUUCUGGGCGGUUGGCGGCGUAGGGGUUGUUGCUGUUGUUGACAUGGUUAGAAGCCGUACCGCAUUGUCUAACGACCGCGCUGUUGGGGAUGUGUUUUUUUGCGUUUGUGUGCGCAAGAGCUUAUUCGUAUCCGGCUUACGUGCUUACGAGGCCUGAAACACCCCAACGCAUAAACGGUGCCAGCAAACAGGACGAUUUGCGGCGGUUGUACAUACCUAGCAGGACAUAUACAGAGAGAGAGAGGAGAGAAGAGGCGUGUCUACUGCCGUACCUUAUCAUGGUGAUGUACGGCAUAGUCGCCCCACGUGCAGUUGUAGAUGUUAUGUUGAGACGUGUAGGGGUCAUUGCAAGCCCG